AUGGAUUCAGAUGAGGAAAUCAUUGCCGACAAUUUGUCAGAUAUUUCUAGUGAAAAUGAGUAUAUAGAAAAUGAUAGUGACGACGGCAAUAGUUCAAGUGAUGAAUCUAUUAUUGGAAAUAAACGUAGGACGUUUCCAAGACCUGUUAUUAGUUUCAGUGAAUCAGAAUCUGGCCUAAGUGACAAUGAUGAGGACCAAAAUACUAUCGAUGGGUCUGAAGUGGAUGAUGCGCCGUUUAUUGAGCAAUUUAUUGGUAACGCUCAUGUUACUGCACAAGUAAAUAAUGCAGAAAAUUUAAAUGAAGUUUUAAGUUUAUUUAUUGGAGAAGAUUUUUUGAACUUUUGCAAGCUGAAACUAACCGUUAUCAUGCGCAAAAUGUAG